ACCUGAAGCUGAUGUUGUUUUUCCUUCGUUAAGUCUCUGGGAUUAGCUAUUUACCUGGAUGAUGGGAAACGUAAUAUAUCGUUUAUCCAACGAGAAUGAACUACGGGUAUAUAUCGCAACUGAUUAACAGAUACACGUGGUUGUAAAUAGAAGCCAUGGAACUUUACAAUGGAAAUCACGAUACUUUCAUAAAACUGUAAACAAUUUUCUGCUUAUAUUAAAAGGAUAAAAUGAUGAUAAACGUUGAAAAUUAACAGUUUGCUGAAGAAAUACAUCAUGUUGUAAGAAAAAUAUAAUGGAUUUUUGUUAAAAGACAAUUACAACAUCCAACAAAAUAAAAGACAAGUUAACAAAAGCAUGAAUUCGAGUGAUUAUAUAUAUGUAGACUACACAAGUUAUCCAGAAUACAAAACUGGUGUUUUUAUUUGGAAAAUUCUUCCCCCAAUUCUUAUCAUACUCGGGACAACUGGUAACGUUUUAUCAAUUAUAGUUUUGCGGAGGAAAAACAUUCAAAAGUCGGUAUGUAGUAUAUAUCUGAUAGUUCUAGCUAUUUCUGAUCUUUUUGUUUUAUAUACUGGACUUUUGCGACAGUGGAUUAACGUAGUGUUUGAGGUGGACAUACGUGAGUUGGGAACUGGUAUCUGUAAACUGCAUACAUUCAUAGUCUAUUUCUCUCUGGACUUUUCUUCAUGGAUCCUGAUGGCCGUCACAGUAGAACGUGUUUUUCUUGUUUGGUUCCCUCAUAAAGCCAAAACAGCAUGUACCAAACAGAAAGCUGGAAUAAGUUUGGUUUCCAUUGCAGCUUUUUUAUUGCUGAUUAACAGUCACAUUCUCUAUGGUCACGAAGAUAAGGAAUCAGUAGUUAAUGGCACAGUUUCGGUUGAAAAAUGUUACUAUAUAUCCGAUGAGUACAAUCAGUUCUGGAGCUCAUCAUGGCCAUGGAUUGAUCUAUCCUUAUUUUGUGGCAUACCGUUCUGUUGCUUAUUGACAGGGAAUCUUCUUAUAUUUGUUAAAGUACUGUUCUCCCAGAGAGCUGUUAAGCGUCAGAUUGCGCCAUCUGUGCAAACGCCUGGAUCAAAGGCUCAACAGAGAGAUUCGAAAUUAUCGUCGAUGAGUGUUAUGCUGUUCACCCUUAACACGGUUUUCUUAUUGUGUACCACACCAAUUAGCAUCUAUAUGAUUGGUUAUUCUACAUGGGCGGACGAAUUAGUAGGAAAAGGUUAUGCCGUCCUAGACAUGAUGUGGGCCAUUGUAAAUAUUCUCAUGUAUCUUAAUAAUACCAUCAAUUUCCUCUUGUACAUUUUGAGUGGAAGUAGAUUUAGGCGUGAGUUCAAAGAUAUGUUUCGGAGAAAAAAUAAUGAAACAGUAACAGUUCGUAAUGAUAGUAUGACUAGAUUGAACCAUCUUACAGCUAUUCAAAUUAACAGGGAUGACACACGUACUACACAAGUGCAAGUUUUUCAUACUUCAGCGUGAAAAAUUUAUAGAUCAAACUUUGUUUUACGACAAUCAUGACUUUAUAUAUAUACAAAAUUUAAUGGCAUUUUGUAUAAUCAUAAUCAAA